AAGCAAGAGGGGAGCUGUUAAUUCUUUGGCUUCCCUGGUGGUAUUCAGCUCUUUCUGCAGGCGCGGUUGCGAGAUCAGGCCCUUCACUGCGAUGUCUGAGGAGCUGCGGCCCAGCAAACGGAUACGUCUUACCGAUGAGCCCUGCAUUGUUGCCAUGCAGCGCAUGCUACGUGGCAAGGAGGGCAUCAUGUCCCUGGCCCAGGGCAUUGUGCACUGGGCACCACCUGCAGCAGCCCUGGAGGCAGCGCGGAAGGCAGCAGAAGAGCCUGAUACCAACUCUUAUGGCGCAGAUGAUGGCUUGCCAAAGUUUCGCGAAGCCUUGAAGGAGAAAUUGAAGAAAGAGAACGGCCUGGAGGGUGUUGAGGUCAUGGUGACGGCUGGAGCUAAUCAAGCCUACACCAAUUUGGUGUGCACCCUAUUGGACGAGAAGGAUUCAGCAGUUCUGUUCAGACCAUUCUACUUCAACCACCGGAUGGCGCUGCAGAUGACAGGCGGCCAUGCCAAUGUGGUCCUGGCGCCGUCGACCAAGGAUUAUCUUCCAGAUGUGGAGUGGCUGGAGAAGAGGCCAUGUCGGCCAUCCAAUGGUGAGAGGAUACGGAUGGUCACAAUCGUGAACCCUGGCAAUCCAACUGGCGUGAUCCUUCCAAAAGACUUGCUUGAACGAUUUUCUGCCGCAUGCCAGCGGCACCAAGUAUGGAUGGUGGUUGACAACACCUAUGAACACUUCACGUAUGAGGAGGAAGGGCACGCUCCCCACUGUUGCGUCAGUGGUGACCACGUGGUGAACGUUUUCUCCUUCAGCAAAGCCUUCGGCAUGAUGGGCUGGAGAAUAGGCACUUGGGCGUUUCCCCCCAGCCUUGGUCCUGAGCUGAUGAAGGUGCAGGAUACCAUUGCCAUUUGCCCAGCCGUGGCUUCGCAGAAAGUGGCCAUGGCUGCGUUGGAAAGUGGACGCCAGUGGGUGAAAGAUCACGUCACAGGGCUGAAAGAGAACCGUCGCCUGGUCGUGGCCGCUGUAGAGGAGACCUUGGGGAAAGGUGCCGUGGCAGGUGGGUCUGGUGCCAUCUAUUUGAUGGUGAAGUUGCCAGCUGGAUUUGAAAAUGUUUCCUGGCUCAAGGAUGUGUGGUGUCCUGCGUGUUUGUUUGGUCAAUCAAGGCCUAAGGUACUGUUCGAGAUUUGA